CCUUCUGAGGCUCUGGCCUUGGCCGAGGCUCUGGGACAGGCAGGGGCGGGUCCCACCUCUCCGCCGCCCUGGGCCGGCCUGCGCCAGCCUCUGUCCCCCGACCGAGGCUCUCAGAGGUCCCUUCUGGCCCGCGACUCCUGUGCCUCCUCCCGCGCUUGGAACUCAACUGGAGAUCGAAGAAAAGAAUAGCAGCAACUCUCUGAACAGAAAAGUGACCACUUUCUGGAAGUGUGCACUGCGAGCAAGGGUGAGUCUCGGCUGGGAGCUCCUGUGGAUGGGCUGCUGGGGCUGGCUUGUGCAGACAGCGGAGGACAGGGUCCCCAUCGGUCGUCCACAAACUUGAGGAAGAGGCAGAACUCGUGUGCCCGAAAGGGACGCUGGAUGUCCUCAUGCUCUGAUCCUUCUGACCCAUCCCUUCUGUCAUGAAGAUCGCAGUGAUUGGGCAGAGCUUGUUUGGCCAGGAAGUUUACUGCCACCUCAGGAAGGAGGGCCAUGAGGUCGUGGGCGUGUUCACUGUCCCAGACAAGGAUGGGAAGGCGGAUCCCCUGGGCCUGGAAGCUGAGAAGGAUGGAGUGCCAGUGUUCAAGUUCCCCCGCUGGCGGGUAAAAGGACAGGCUCUGCCUGAUGUGGUGGCGAAAUACCAGGCUUUGGGUGCCGAGCUCAACGUCCUGCCCUUCUGCAGCCAGUUCAUCCCCAUGGAGGUCAUCAGUGCCCCCUGCCACGGCUCCAUCAUCUACCACCCAAGUCUGCUCCCCCGGCACCGAGGGGCCUCGGCCAUCAACUGGACCCUCAUUCAUGGAGACAAGAAAGGGGGGUUUACCAUCUUCUGGGCAGAUGAUGGUCUGGACACUGGGGACCUUUUGCUCCAGAAGGAGUGUGAGAUCCUCCCGGACGACACCGUGAGCACUCUGUACAACCGCUUCCUCUUCCCUGAAGGCAUCAAAGGGAUGGUGCAGGCUGUGAGGCUGAUUGCAGAGGGCAAAGCCCCCAGACUCCCUCAGCCUGAGGAGGGAGCCACCUAUGAGGGCAUUCAGAAGAAGGAAACAGCCAAGAUCAACUGGGAGCAGCCAGCAGAAGCCAUUCAUAACUGGAUCCGAGGGAAUGACAAGGUGCCGGGCGCCUGGACAGAGGCCUGUGGGCAGAAGCUGACUUUCUUCAACUCAACGCUGAACACUGCAGGCUUGGUGCCCGAGGGAGAAGAUUUGCCCAUCCUGGGAGCCCAUCGGCCAGGGGUAGUCACCAAAGCGGGACUCAUCCUUUUCGGGAAUGAUGACAGAAUGUUGCUGGUGAAGAACAUCCAGCUGGAGGAUGGCAAGAUGAUCCCAGCCUCCCACUUCUUCAAGGGAGUGGACAGCAAUGCCCUUGAGCUGACUGAGGAAGAGCUGGUCAUGGCAGAGGCUGUGAGGAGUGCCUGGAAACGGAUUCUCCCCAGUGUUCUGGAGGUGGAAGACUCCACUGAUUUCUUCAAGUCAGGGGCUGCAUCAGUGGACGUUGUGAGACUGGUUGAGGAAGUGAAGGAGCUGUGUGAUGAACUGGAAUUAGAAAAUGAAGAUGUUUACAUGGCAACCACUUUUGGGGACUUCAUCCAACUAUUAGUGAGAAAGCUACGAGGGGAUGACAAAGACCACGAGUGCAUCAUUGACUAUGUGGAAAAGGCAAUGAACAAGCUGAACCUCCGAAUGCCCCACCAGCUCUUCAUUGGGGGCAUGUUUGUGGAUGCUGAGGGUGCCAAGACCUAUGAGACCAUCAACCCAACAGAUGGAAGUGUCAUCUGCCAGGUGUCCCUGGCCCAGGUCAGCGAUGUUGACAAGGCAGUGGCUGCCGCUAAGGACGCCUUUGAGAACGGAUUGUGGGGGAGGAUCAGUGCACGGGACCGGGGCCGGCUCCUGUACAGGUUGGCAGACCUCAUGGAGCAGCAUCAGGAAGAACUGGCCACCAUCGAGGCUCUAGAUGCAGGUGCUGUCUACACAUUGGCUCUGAAGACCCAUGUGGGCAUGUCCAUCCAGACCUUCCGCUACUUCGCUGGCUGGUGUGACAAAAUUCAGGGCUCCACCAUCCCUAUCAACCACGCCAGACCGAACCGCAACCUGACCUUGACCAGGAAGGAGCCUAUAGGGGUCUGUGGCAUUGUCAUCCCUUGGAACUACCCCCUGAUGAUGCUCUCCUGGAAGACGGCUGCCUGCCUGGCUGCUGGGAACACAGUGGUGAUCAAGCCUGCCCAGGUGACCCCACUCACAGCCUUGAAGUUUGCAGAGUUGACCUUGAAGGCUGGCAUUCCCAAGGGUGUGGUCAAUAUCCUCCCAGGAUCUGGUUCUCUAGUUGGCCAGAGACUCUCAGACCAUCCCGAUGUACGGAAAAUUGGGUUCACAGGUUCCACAGAGGUGGGAAAACACAUCAUGAAGAGUUGUGCCCUGAGUAACGUGAAGAAGGUGUCCCUGGAGCUGGGAGGGAAGUCGCCCCUCAUCAUCUUUGCUGACUGUGACCUCAGCAAGGCUGUGCAGAUGGGGAUGAGCUCCGUCUUCUUCAACAAAGGGGAAAACUGCAUUGCCGCGGGACGACUUUUUGUAGAGGACUCGAUCCACGACCAGUUUGUACAGAAGGUGGUAGAAGAGGUGAGGAAGAUGAAGAUCGGCAACCCUCUAGACCGGGACACCAACCAUGGGCCACAGAACCACCAAGCCCACCUGCAGAAGCUGUUGGAGUACUGCCAGUGCGGCGUGGAGGAAGGGGCCACGCUGGUCUGUGGUGGGAGUCAAGUAGCUCGGCCAGGUUUCUUCUUCGAGCCGACUGUUUUCACGGACGUGGAGGACCACAUGUUCAUAGCCAAGGAGGAGUCCUUUGGGCCCAUCAUGAUCAUCUCUCGGUUUGCUGAUGGUGACGUGGACACUGUGCUGUCUCGGGCCAAUGCCACGGAGUUUGGCCUGGCUUCCGGCAUCUUCACCAGGGACAUCAACAAGGCCCUGUAUGUCAGCGACAAGCUGGAGGCCGGCACCGUGUUUGUCAACACAUACAACAAGACUGAUGUGGCCGCUCCCUUUGGAGGGUUCAAGCAGUCCGGCUUUGGCAAAGACCUCGGCCUGAACCAGCCUGCCUUCUCAGGGAGAGACCAAGGCUGCUUCCCCGGAGUUCCUGCCCUCUCAUCUCCUCCUGAGCAAGCAACACUUCCACAGGAAGCACUGGUGGAAGCCCCCUGCCUGCACCUCUGUCCCCGCUGGGACAUCCUCACCCCUGUCUGAUCACAGUGGCCUUUGGCGAGGUGAGAAGGUGGCCCCAGGGUGAAUAAAGGUUCUGGCCAUUGGCAA